AUGGUGCAAGACGCCGCUCGUCGAGCAAUCUUCCCAAUUGACCAAAAGUGGGAGUUCAAGCAAGCAAACGAUGAAGGUGGCAAGUUUCUUCCCGUUGCGCAGUUCCCUACAAACAUUCACUUGGACCUCAUGCAGCAUGGUAUCAUUGAGGAUCCAUUCGUUGGAAAGAAUGAAGAGAAGGUACAGUGGGUUGGAGAAAAAGCAUGGGUGUAUAGGACCGCGUUUUCCACGCCUCCAGGCCUCAAUACUGCGAUUAAAGCAGUCCUUGCUUUUGACGGUCUCGAUACAUACGCCACGGUGAAUCUCAAUGGGAAGACAAUAUUGAUGACCGAAAACAUGUUCGUUCCAGAAAGAGUCGAUGUUACUGAGAUACUCAAACCCAGGAACGGCGAGAAUACGUUGGAAAUUACGUUUGAGAGUGCAUUUGAGAUCGGAAAGAGGUUUCAGGAAAGGCAUCCCGAGCAUAUCUGGGGUUGUUGGAAUGGAGACCCAAGCAGAUGCGCCGUCAGAAAAGCGCAGUAUCAUUAUGGGUGGGAUUGGGGGCCAAUGCUCAUGACAUGUGGGCCCUGGAGACCGAUCAGGCUUGAAACUUUUACGUCUCUUAUCGCUGAUCUAUAUUGCCGUACUGACGUUGACAAAUCUCUCGAGAAUGCUGAAGUAGCAGUGACCGUUGAAGUGGAGGGAGAAGGGGACGAAGUAAUUCUACAGCUUCUCUACCAAGAUGAUACGAAGGCCCAAAAGUCCGCACAUAUAGAUGCCGGCGUUGCAACUGCGACAUUUCUCAUCCGGGAUCCUCAACUUUGGUACCCAGCAAAAUAUGGGGACCAGCCGCUAUACAUUGUACGUGCAAUCCUACGAGGAAGCGGUAUAGAGUUGGAUAGCGUAUCCAAGCGAAUUGGGCUCCGCCGAGCGAGGCUAGUACAAAGACCAUUAGAUGAAACUUCCGGUGAAUCAUUCUUUUUUGAAAUCAACAACGUCCCCGUUUUCUGCGGGGGCAGUAACUGGAUCCCGGGAGACAAUUUCGUCCCGAGAAUAUCGCCCGAGAAAUAUCGAGAGUGGCUGCACCUAGCUGUUGACGGCAAUCAAGGAAUGGUCAGGGUCUGGGGCGGUGGUAUCUAUGAAGAGCAAAUAUUCUACGAUACUUGCGAUGAGCUAGGCUUGCUUGUCUGGCAAGACUUUUUGUUUGCAUGCGGGAACUACCCAGCGUACAAAAGCUUUCUCGAGACCGUGGAACGAGAAGCUAUAGCCAAUGUCAAACGCAUUAGGCAUCAUCCGUCUAUCGUUAUUUGGGCAGGGAACAAUGAAGAUUACCAGUAUGCGGAAAGUGAAAAGCUGGAAUACAACCCAAGUGAUCAGGAUCCGUCUAGCUGGCUCAAGUCAUCAUUUCCUGCUAGGUACAUCUACGAGAAACUGCUGGUUGAUGUCAUGAGUAUGUAUAGUCCUGACACUUAUUAUCACUUUGGUUCUCCAUGGGGAGGCAAAACCAGUGCCGAUCCACUCGAGGGAGACAUCCACCAAUGGAAUGUCUGGCACGGGACCCAGGAGAAAUAUCAAAAUUUCGACAAGCUGUCCGGUCGGUUUGUUUCGGAAUUUGGUAUGGAAGCCUUUCCCAGCAUCCAAACCAUAGACUCUUACCUCCCUGGCGGGAACGAUGACCAUGACAGGUACCCACAGUCUUCCACCGUUGACUUCCACAAUAAAGCUGUCGGGCAUGAGAAACGAAUGGCUUUAUACAUGGUUGAAAACAUCAGGUACAAUUUUGAUCCCUUCGAGCAAUAUAUCCAUUGUACGCAGGUAAUGCAGGCGGAAUGCUUGGCCACUGCUUAUCGGCUGUGGAGACGCCAGUGGAAGGGGUUGGGGAAAGAAUAUUGUGCUGGUGCAUUGGUAUGGCAGAUGAACGACUGUUGGCCAGUGACCUCAUGGGCCAUCGCGGAUUACUACCUCCGGCCCAAGCAUGCAUACUACGCAGUUAGACGGGAGUUGGCACCUAUAAUCGUCGGCCUCAAACGCCCAAUGGGAGAGGCAUCAAAUGCUGGGUCAGAUAUGCGAAAAAUCGAUAUAUGGGCAUCCAAUUUCACACUUGAGACCAAAGAGGUGCAAGUGGUCGUGAAGAUCUUCGACAUUGUCACAGGAGAAGAAAUACAUGUUGAGACUCUCUUUGAUAGUUUUGUUCUAGAACAAAACCAGAGCACUGAAAUUACACAAUACAAGAUCCCGCCCUCCAUAGGUGAUAAAGGAGGGACAACAUUCCACCUGGUAAUAGCGGCAUACCUCUUUGAGAGCGGAGAACAAAUUACACGAUCCAUCAACUGGCCAGAACCGUUGAAAUACGUACAUAUCCAACGGUCGAGCGAGCUGAAAGUGGCGCUUUCCAAAGAUUCAAGCCAAGUUCAAUUAUCGUCCUGCAUUCCUGUGAAAGGCCUGGCGCUGUAUUCCCAGCGAGAAGCCGUUAAGUUUGAGGAUAAUUGCGUUGACCUCGUCCCUAAUGAAACGCUCCACAUUGGCGUUCGUGGAUUGGAAAAGGGACAAGAAAAUGAAAUUUCGGUUCGAUUUCUGCUAUAG